CCUUUGCCUAGAAAGCCAAGUCAUUCACUACUUUGGCAGUCUCACACUGCAUUGCCUUCCACUUGGAGAGUUGAGUUCAGUUGAGAGGGAGAGAGAAAGAGAGAGGAGGAUGCCAUGGAGGUUGGUGCCAUGUGGUCGGGGGCAGCUGUUCUUGGUGGUUCUUGGUCUUCUUCUUCUUCUUCUUGGUGAGGUCCAUCAUGGCUCAGGGGCUAGAACAGCUUCCCUCCCUAGGCUCCUCCCAGCUGAAGUGCGUACUCUUCGUCGUAUCGCGCAGAAGAUGGGGAUCUUGCGUUGGAACUUCUCCGUUGAUCCAUGCAACUCCGGCGGUAACGGUGGCUUUGGGGGCACUGUGAAUUGUGACUGCUCCUUCUACAACCAUACAUUCUGCCAUGUUACUAACAUAACACUGGAAGGGCAAAACUUCACUGGUGAGCUCCCACCGGACUUCGCCGAAUUCCCCAAUCUCCUCCAACUAGAUCUAAGCAGAAGCUUAUUGCAUGGUGGAGUGCCUGACCAGUGGGCCCGAAUGAAGCUACAGGGACUGUCAUUAAUGGGAAACAAUUUGUCAGGGCCUUUUCCCAUUGCUCUUACAAAGAUCACAACCCUGACUAACCUGAGUAUAGAAGGAAACAAUUUUUAUGGCCCAAUCCCGUCCGACAUUGGACAUCUCAUGCAAAUGGAGAAGUUAAUAUUAUCGGCCAAUGAGUUCUCCGGACCCCUUCCUGCUGCUCUUGCUAGGUUAACAAAUUUAACCGACCUAAGGAUUUCUGGUAACAAUUUUUCUGGAAGAGUGCCUGUUUUCUUGGGGAAGUUGAAAAAGCUCGGAAAAUUGCAAAUUGAAGGAUCUUUAUUGGAAGGGCCUAUUCCCUCAGAAUUUUCCAAAUUGAUAAACCUUUAUGAUCUGAGGAUUAGUGAUCUGAGAGGUAGAGGAUCAGUUUUCCCGGACUUAAGGGAAUUGGUGUCCAUGAAAACAAUCAUACUACGGAAUUGCUCCAUCAAUGGAAGCAUACCAUCUUACAUUGGGAACAUGGAUAAUCUUAAGCAUCUGGAUCUGUCUUUUAAUAAACUGACUGGAGAAAUACCAGCUUCAUUUGCUAACAUGGGACAUGUAGAUCACAUAUACCUAACAGGAAAUUCACUCACUGGGAGUAUACCUGAUUGGAUAUUGAAGAGAAACAAGAUUGCGGACAUAUCUUUUAACAACUUCACGAUGGGGAGUUCAGGUCCUACCCAAUGCGUUCCAGGGAGUGUCAAUAUGGUGGAGAGCUAUUCACCUGAAAUGAGCAGUUUGACUAAUGUUGAGUCAUGCUUAAAGAGGAAUUUUCCAUGCGGUUCUUCUAAUGGAAAAUACAGGUAUUCAUUGAACAUAAAUUGUGGUGACAAAGAAGUAACUAUUAACGGAACAAAAUAUGAAACUGAUGUGGAACCAAAAGGAGCUUCAUUGCUGUACCAAAGCCCAGGAUCAAACUGGGCAUUUAGCAGCACUGGGAACUUCAUGGAUAAUAAUAUCAAUGAUGAUAGCUACAUUGCGACAAGCGCAUCAAAAUUGACGGUGCCCAACUCGGAGUUGUAUGCAAAAGCACGCCUUUCACCUCUUUCACUGACAUAUUACGGGCUCUGCAUGCAUAACGGGAGUUACACCGUUAAGCUUCAUUUUGCUGAAAUUGUUUUCACAAAUGACAGCACAUACUGCAGCCUUGGCAAAAGAAGAUUCAAUGUGUUUAUACAGGGAAGAAUGGUUCUAGAGGACUUUGACAUUGAACAGUCAGCUGGAGGAGCUGCGAAGGCAGUUAUCAAGACUUUCACGGCAAACGUCACAAAUCAUACACUGGAAAUUCAUUUCUAUUGGGCAGGAAGGGGGACAACAGGCAUUCCAAAAAGAGGAUAUUAUGGUCCUCUGAUAUCUGCAAUAUCAGUAGUACCAAACUUUGAAGUUCCUUUGGCUGUUGAACCACCGCAAAUUGGAGGUAGCAAAAAGCUUUCAAGGAUAUCUAAAGCAUUCCUGGUUGCCAUGCCAAUUUUAGCAAUGUGCGCAGCACUUUUUGUCGGCAUUUAUUGGAUUAAAUGGAGGAGAAAGAACUCAAUGCAUAAAGAUCUCAGAGCCUUUGACCUCCAAACUGGAUCCUUUACCUUGAGACAAAUCAAAGUGGCAACAAGGAAUUUUGAUGCGGCCAACAAGAUCGGCGAAGGUGGUUUUGGUUCAGUUUACAAGGGUCUGUUGUCUGAUGGCACCAUUAUUGCUGUCAAACAGCUAUCAUCAAGGUCUAAACAAGGGAAUCGAGAAUUUGUGAAUGAGAUAGGCAUGAUAUCUGCACUCCAGCACCCAAACCUUGUCAAGCUUUAUGGCUGUUGUACAGAAGGAAACCAGCUCUUGCUUGUUUAUGAAUACAUGGAAAACAACUGCCUAGCGCGUGCUCUUUUCGGUACAGUCGAACAAUACAGGCUGAGCUUGGAUUGGCCGACGAGACGUAAGAUUUGCCUGGGAAUAGCAAGGGGUUUAGCAUAUCUACAUGAGGAGUCUGCAAUAAGGAUUGUGCACAGAGAUAUCAAGGCUAGCAAUAUACUGCUUGACAAAGACUUGAGUGCCAAGAUCUCCGAUUUUGGGCUAGCAAAGCUUAACGAUGAUGAUCACACACACAUAAGUACAAGAAUAGCUGGGACUAUCGGAUACAUGGCUCCUGAGUAUGCAAUGCGUGGUUAUUUGACAGACAAAGCUGAUGUUUACAGUUUUGGGGUUGUUGCUUUGGAAAUUGUUAGUGGAAAAAGUAACACAAGCUACAGGCCAAAGGAAGAUUUUGUUUAUCUUCUCGAUUGGGCUUGUGUUCUACAUGAGCGAGGAAAUCUCCUGGAGCUGGUAGAUCCAGAGUUAGGCUCCGAUUACUCAACGGAAGAGGCGCUCCUCAUGCUGAAUGUUGCCCUCCUGUGCACCAAUGCAGCACCAACACUGAGACCAAAGAUGACCAAAGUUUUGAGCCUGCUUGAGGGGCACAUACCACUUCAACCAUUUCUGUCAGACCUCAGCCUUGCUGCAAACAGCCUGAGCUCAAGCGGUCAGCGCAGGAACUUCUGGCAAACACUAAGUGAUCAGAGCCAAAGCAUGACUGCAGCACAAGCAUCAUCCAGCAACACCAAUGAGUCAUCAUCUUUAGAUAUUGCUGGUAGCCUGAGACCUUAGGUGAGUUUAAAUGUCAGAACUCAGAAGUGUUUCAUGAGCUCUGUACAUGUAAGAACCAUUAGGAGUAGGUCAUUUUGUCUCUUUUAGAAGUACAGUGUAAAUACCAGACUAGUGUCAGAUCCUACUAUUAAGAUGGACACUCUGCUUAAAUCUUUAGGAUAGUGAAUUUUAUAUAUGGCCAGGGCUUUCCAAUUAUUGGAUGGACUAGGAACGUACAACUAGCA